GUGCUCCAUCGGUUUCUUGGACUCUGCUUGCUAUAUAGAGCAAGGGAGGGGGGUUGCAGUUGAGGCCCAGCCACAUACAGCCGAAGGAAGAAGAGAACGUCUGUCAUCUGCUUAAUACCUUGUGCCGAGGUAGCUGCCAAUUCCAAAGACUGUGAGUAAGAGGAGAACGUGGUUAGCUAGGAAAUGUGCGGCGGAGCUGUUAUAGCCGACUUUGUCCCGGCCGGAGCCCGCCGCCCGGAUGGUUCCUCCGCCGACGUCCCCGGCUCCAGCCUCACCGUCACCGGUGAGGAGGUGACGGAGAAAUCGCCGGCGCCGGGGCGGAAGACGGCGUACCGUGGGAUCAGGCGCCGGCCAUGGGGCCGCUGGGCUGCGGAGAUCCGGGACCCCAGGAAGGGCGCGCGCGUCUGGCUGGGCACCUACGCCAGCGCGGAGGAGGCCGCGCGCGCCUACGACGUCGCGGCGCGCGAUAUCCGCGGGCCGAAGGCCAAGCUCAACUUCCCACCCGCGGUGGGCGCGCCGCAGGAGGCCGCGGCCGUUGCAGGGGCGGGGGCGCCCAAGAAGCGUCGCAUCGUCGCGGCAGAGGAGAGCUCCGCGUCUUGGUCUCCACUUCCGGCCCCGGCUAGCGGCGGCGGCGGCGGCACAGACAGCCUGCGGGAGCGCAUGUCCGGCCUGGAGGCGUUCCUGGGGCUGGAGGACGGCAACGUGGAGCCCUGGGAGGCCGUCGAUCUCAUCAUGGAGUAGGCGUGUGCCGUCGCCACGUGCGGCAGCUCUGCGGCGUGCAUUGGUUACAUUUGCCGAUAAAUAAGCAGAUUGGUCGAAGUCUUUUGAUUAGUUAGAGUAUCAUUCGGCUUUCCUGGGCUUUCGCCGGGCAUAUCCAGGUCCUUUGUAGUGGAAUGCUAUGUAAUUCAAGCAUGACGAUCAGAAGAAAUGUGGAGAACUUGCACCCACUUUUCUGACAUAAAAUGGAACUUUUCACGCUCUCAUUUGUAUGGCA